AGGGUACCUUACAUACGCACCUCGCCUUGCGCCUAGCAAAAAGACCUCAGGAAGAACUUGCCCUUCUCUCUCCCUACCUCUCUCAGAAAUUCCCCUCCGUUAACACCAUGAAGAUCUUCACAUGAUUAUUUCUGCUUAUGUAUCGUGCGAUUCGAGCACGCCAGGGCCUCCGAUGGCCUAGGGAUCCCUCACGAUUCUCACCGUUCUCAUGCAGAGAGUACUACACUACUGCUGAGGUGGACAAAGCCAGGCAGUAUUGUGUUGCGCAGUUGAAACAGUCGGAUUACCAUUCCUACCUAAUCCGGAAUCUUCUGCCCAAAUCUCGCCGAGAUGCCUAUGAUGCGUUACGAGCUUUCAACCUCGAGCUGGUGCGGAUCCCCGAGCUUGUGUCGAACCCGGUCAUCGCCCAGGUGCGGAUGCAAUUCUGGCGAGAUGCCGUCAAGAAUACUUUCGCCGGCCGCCCGCCCAAGGAACCCAUCAUGAUACUGCUCCAUAAGGUCGUAUCAGAGCUGUCCGAAACCGACGGCGUACCGAGCUCUAUCAAGUUCUGGCUGCUACGUCUCAUCAAUACGCGAGAGAAGUACAUGGACAACCGACCUUUCGCGACCCUAGCUUCCCUGGAAGAAUAUGCCGAAAACACGUAUUCAACCUUGAUGUACUCGAACCUAGCUGCGCUCCCCAUCCAUUCCAUGCACGUAGACCAUCUAGCGAGCCAUAUCGGCAAGACGUGCGGCAUCGUGGCUACCCUGCGGGGCAUCCCAAUCCUCGCAGCUCCGUCGCCUCCGGUCCGGUCACCCGACGGCGCCCGAGUAGGUAGCGGGAGGAACCCGGUGUUGCUGCUACCCCUAGACGUCAUGGCAGAGACAGGGCUCAAGGAAGAGCAUGUAUAUCGGUACGGGCCUAGCGCCGACGGGUUUCAGGACGCCGUCUUUAAAGUGGCCACGCGAGCGCACGACCACCUUAUCACGGCAAGAGAGAUGUUCAAGACCAUGCAGGCGGGACAAAAUCCCGACCACGAAUAUGAGCAUCGUGGCGAGGAGCAGCACGAGUAUCUGUUAGCGACCCCGGAAGAGGACGACGCCAGGAGGGAUCUGCGUCGGGGUUUCAGCGUCUUGUUGGAAGCCGUCCCAGCCGGAGACUACCUGGCUAGAUUGGAGGCCCGGAACUUCAACCCUUUUGCGGUCACGAGCAGCUGGAAGCUCCCGUGGCGAUUGUGGAGAGCUAUCAGCAACCAACAGAUAUAAUAGGUAGCACCCAAGAGAAGAGAGGCUACCCAGUUCCCAAAGUCUUACCACCUCCGCUGUUUCCAGAAUAGGCAGUUGUCCCAUAAGGGCGGACCAGGACGGUAGCCG